CGGCUUCUCGUGUGCCUCCCUCUACGGCCGCUGCUGCCCGUCUGGAGGAGGCUCUGGCUAAGGGGUCGUACGAAGUCACCGUACGAUACCCCGUGAAAGGUGGUCUCUUUAAUGAGACCGUUGGUGGAGACGACAUGCUCGCUCAGGCUAUGCCUGAGUAUGAUCGUCAGUAUCUCGGCCGGCAAGGCCAACAUGUUCGGCUAUACGACGGAGGGAUGGACUACGUCGUCCAGGUAAGAUAUUUUCCCUUAUAAUUUUUCCUUUGCUUUUAUUUUUUAUCUCUAACUCUAUUCUGCUUCGUCCAGGGCGCCCUUAUGUUGAGGGAGCAGCAUUGGAGGCAGGAGGCCGAGAUAGAGCGGCUCAAGAAAGUGGAGGCUAGGGCUGCUUCAGCCGAUGAGGCCCUCCAGGAUCUCAAGGACAAGGCCAAGGCUGCCGAGGAUGAGAUGAGGCUUCUCCAGAUCCGGCUUGAUGAGGCCGAAGCAGCCCGGAAGAAGGCCGAUGAGUCGAUUGCUGCUGCCAUCCAGAGAGCCGAGGAGGCUGAACGGCUCAAGGCUGACGCCGAGAAGGCCGCCGAGAAGGCCGUGGUUGAUUUCAAGGCCGAGGGGUGGAAAGCCGAUGACCAGCUCCCCUUCUGCUAUGAGGUGGUUGCUGAGAGGUUGAAUGAUUGGACGACGAAGGACCCCGCCGGCCAAGAAUUCUGGAUGAACGAGAUGCAAGCUUUCUACGACUGCGGUCAGUACAGAAUGCAGAAGCUGAUUUACAGGAAGCUUCGUCGUCGCUUCCGGAAGAUGAGGCCGAGGGGUCUGAGUCUCCCUCGGCGAAUGAAGAAUCCCGAUGAGGAUUUGAAGCUUCCCCUAUCGGAGAGGCAGCCUCCGAUCUUGAGUUCGUCCGAAGGGGAAGAGCCGUGGAGUGACAGUGACGACUACUUGCUCGAGGGGCCUGCCGAUUCCCAGGCUGAUGAGGAUGCUGGUGGUGAUGAUGCUGGUGGCGGCAGCG